GCUCGCGAAGUGCAUUUCAGCGGUCCUGCAAGAGUGACUGCAAAUACGCUUUGGUUUUCUUUACCUUCCCUUCGACCAACCCAUCCCACCGCACCGGGGUGUGCGCCCGUGUGCGUGUUUGCCAGAGUGCCAAGUACCUGAUGCCUUAAUGGCUCCGCUAUAUGCAGCAAGAUUAUGAAAUAGUUAUGCCAUCGGCGUUUGAGUGUGCCGUUGCAGUCGUGCAAACUUGUUUUACGAGCCGCUCCGGCAUGCUCCUCUCUGUGUCAAGGCAUAUUUAUUUGUAACUGCCCAGACGAAUUGUUCUCUAGUGUGCUCUUGCACUUAUUACUCUAUUAAACUUUACAAAAAAAAAAAAAAAAAAAAGAAGAAGAAGAAACAGUGCUAUGAAUAUAAAUAAGAAUUCAUCACCUUGCUAAUAAUACUUUUCUGACAGUUUUGUUUCCAGAUUUCAUGUGAAAUGCCAACCCUUGUGGAAGCUUUGGAGGGCAAAUAUGGGCCCGAAGAUGCAGAAGGACUUGACGAAGCAAUAGCCAUUUAUGUGCCAAGAAAAGGGCCCAGAAAUAUUGUUCCAUCCCUACUGGUACUGAACGACUGUGACAUUGAUUCAGCUGGAGACGAAAAUGAUGUCCAGAAAAAGUGCCAUGUUGUUGAAGAACUUGACCUCGCUCAAAACAAUCUCACACAUUGGGCAGAUGUCCUCACAAUAUUACGCCUCAUGCCUCAAGUAAAAUUUGCCAACUUAAGUUUCAAUAACUUGUCUGAGGAACUGACAGAUGAGCUUUGCGCCAAUGAAAGCCUCACCCCAUUUCCACUCCUCCGAAAUCUUGUGUUGAUAUCCACGCAAAUAAGCUGGUCAACGAUUAAGAAACUUCUAAAAUUACUUCCCAACUUGGAAGAACUCCACCUUAGCCUUAAUAACUUUGCCAGCGUUGAAGUUGGAGACACGCCAGAUGAUGUACACCCAAACAUUAAAAGAAUUCACUUUACUGGCAACCCUAUUUGUAGGUGGAGUGAAAUAUCCAAUUUGGGUAGAGCAUUUCCUGCUUUGGAAUCACUCGUACUUGCUGAUUGCCCCCUAAUCUCUCUUGACCCAGCUGUUCUCAUGGAGAAAUGCAAAAGUGAAGAAAGUGAGGAAUCUGAAGACUCGUGUUCCUCUUGUGGUAGUCCUCCAACACAUCAAUAUGGGAGAUGUGAAAGUGAAUGUGAAUCUGCUGGACCCAAGCCUUACUCUGCACAUGAUGUUUUCCGACAAUUACGAUCGCUCAACCUUACUGGCACCCAUAUAGCAUCAUGGGAUGAAAUUGAUCGUGUAGCCUGUUUUCCCGCAUUACAUUGUUUACGAAUCAAUGCCUGCCCAUUAUUUGAGGAAUACACAGAACAUGAAAGACGGCAGCUUUUGAUUGCCAGAUUACCUAAUAUCCAAACAUUAAAUGGGGGUGGUGUGAUAAGUCCGGAAGAACGAGAAGAUGCAGAGCGAGCAUUUAUUAGAUACUACAUGGAAAAACCAGAGAGUGAUAGACCAGAAAGGUACGGAAAUCUUCUUGGAGUGCACGGGCGCUUAGAUCCACUAGUCAACAUUGAUCUCUCACCUGAGAAAAGAGUAAAAGUGAAAAUUGUGUGGGGUGAUAAGUCUGAGAUCAAAAGUAUAAAUGUGUAUCAGACUAUUAGUGAACUGAAAAAGACCUUGGAACCAGUAUGUGGCAUUGCUGCAUCAAAAAUGCGACUGUAUUAUGCAGAUCAAGCCUAUAUGGAUCAUUACAACCACCUUGAGUUCAUGAAGUAUCCCAAUAAGCAACUGUACAGUUACAACAUCACAAGUGGGGAUGAGAUUCAUGUUGAUCCAAAAAAAUAAUUUUUAAAUAAGCAGACUUCUAAUUUCUAUCUACAUCAUCUAUAUUCUGAAUUAGAUGAAUGCAAAACUGAUUAAUUUUUCUCUUUUGAAACCAAUGGUUACAAAUUUUGUUUCUUGGACCAUGAUACAUACCAUCAAGGUCUAUUUUUAAGUGGCUUACUAAUUAACUUUGUAAAAUGUGAUAUUUAAACUGAAGUUGAUCUACUUAAAAGUGAGAUGUACAUAUUUAUGAAUGUGAAGAGCCAUUUGCCCCUUCCUUUACUGUAUGCGAGCGGUUUUGUUUCUUGUGUUAUGGUGUUCAUCAUAAUGUCUAAAUGAGCAGAAAUACUGUGGCAUGUUACUCAAACUGCUUUCAUUGUAGUUUUUUUUAUUUUCACUGAGUCAUGACUCUGCACUUGUUUUUACUCUGCCAUGAUCUACAUCAAAUCUUUUUCUGUGAUUUGUGGAACAAUGUGUUAGUUUAAUUUCUAGUAAAAAGACUUGUUAAAUUUCCUCUAAAUUUGUUUAUGUCAAUUUUGGCUUUUGGUUACAUGAUCGCAAGUUCAUAAUUAUUACCUGACAAUGAAGCCUACCUAACUAUACCAAACAACUGCCAGCAAUUAAUUGAUCACUUACAGGUGCAACAGACCAAUUAUAAUUUUUGUUGAUCAUUAUAUGACUGCAUGUAUGUUGCUACUCAUGAUAUAACUUUUGUGUGAUUUGAACUGGUCAAAAAAUAAUAUAGUAGAGUAGAAAAGAUUGAAUUUUCAGCUUGUAAGUGCAGUAGUUUGUAGUGAUUGAAUUUUUGAAAUUCUGAUUCUAAUUAUCAUGGUUAUUGCCAUUCUGUCACUGUGCUUUAACUUUCAUCAACAAAUGUUACCCAUUAUCAGUUUACAGUAUAUAAUUGAUUUCCUGACAAGACUAUUGUGAUUUAGUACAUAAGAUAAUUAGUAUUUCUUUUGGGCUUAGUAGGGACUGCUUUGGAUGUUGAUUGAAGCAAUUUGAUCAUGAGGUGGUGGACACUGUGUGUUCAUGGAGCUGAACAAUUUGUUAAUGUUAAACUGGGUAAAUAUGGUGGUGGUUUUGAAUGAAUGUGAUAAAAGCUCAGAAUCAUUUACACCUUGGACUCUGUGAUGUUCUGCUGGCUUUACCUUUUUAAAGGACUGCGUCAAGCAGAAAAUAAUUCUGCUUGUACAUCUAUCGUACUAACAAUGUACACAUUUGUAACCUCAUCCACAUCUCAGUUGUGGAGUAGCCUGCCAUAUGUACAUAGGAAGGUUAUUGUACCUUAUUGAAUCAAGUCUGAUUCUGUUCUAAAUUUCUAUUUUAUGUUUUAUGACUGUACUGAAGAUUAUUUAGUAGAUUAUUGUGAAGUAGAUUUUAUUAUCUACUUGCACAUUUUAUUUCAGUGAGUGCGUAAAACUCUUUGUCAAAUAGCACUUUUGCAGUUUUGUUGGUUACGUUAUCUAACAUGAAAUCCAAGUUUUGUUUUUGAGUGCUCUUCCAUUUACCAAAAGUUAAAAGUUUUCACGCUAUUAGGUACUUGUGAUAAUCGCAGAACAAAAUUGGAUUAAACAUCUACCUUUUAAAUUUUAUCUUUUCUUUUGAAAAUUUUUGGCUUUUGGGCAGUCCUUUGACAAAUGUCAGAAACCAGCAUGUCCCACAUCAUAUAGUAAGUGUUUUGUUUAUUCAUGUUAAUUUGUUUUGCUUUGCACAUUUGUUUCUUUUUUGUUUUAUCUAUGUUUUGAAUGCAAUCAGUGUUUUCUGCUUCGUAGGCAGAUAUCAGAUAUCUCUUAAAUGUAUAGAAAGUUUACAUUUCUAAGGAGCUGUUGUCAAAGGUGCUGCAACAAUCCAUUUGUUGCUCUCUGUAUCAACCAUGUGUAAUUUUGUUUUAGGAGUCAUAUAAACUUAUAUCAAGUAGAAAAAUGUAAAUUGUAGUCAUUUGAGUCAAGGAGGAAAGCACUUCACUUAAGAUUUAUUUUUCUUGCACAUGAGAGUGAUUUACUGUAUGUUCCUGGAUAGAAAGGAUGGAAAUGUGAUUUAGUUUGAGUGGCUAGCCGUUUCAAUUAUUAGAAUCUUAAAUGAUGUUAAUUCGUUUGUCCAGUAUUAAAUAGGGCAAUUUUGGAAAUGAAAAUUAGUUUACUGGCUCAAUGCUGGAAGUAGUUCUCAUUACCACUUAUUAUUGUUGUAAAUUUGUUCAGAUUCAGAUUUUACUUGUCAUUCUAACACAGCCGUGUUACUGAAAAUGAUUGUGAGGCCGGACUUAUGGUUAACAUUUGUUUGUGGAGGCACAACUCGACAUAUGAUGGUAAAGUAGGGUUGAAGCCUUUCUGUGAAAAGUACUUUGUUACAUAAAUCUCUUAUCACCAUCUGA